CUACUACCAACCUUCAGCGAGGCCAGGCUAUUAAGCUAUCCUCAUACAACGAAUCCCUUCUUUUACGACGACAUACCAUCGACCACCCAAAUUUGAGUAAAGGCCAAAUAAAUUACGAUCUGACAAACUCUAUCGUCGUAUUUCCCCAUUCCCAAUAAUACAUUCGACCCCAUGUCGUCACCAUUCUCUAUAAAUGGAGGCGCCUGCGUAGCCAUGGUAGGCAAAGACUGCGUAGCUAUCGCCUGCGAUCUACGUCUCGGUCUCCAAGCACUCACCGUAUCCAACAACUUCCCCAAGAUCUUCCAAUACGGCGACGUGUUCCUCGGGCUCACGGGGCUAGCCACCGAUGUCUCGACAGUCUCGGAUCUAUUCCGCUACAAAGUGAACAUGUACCGACUACGCGAGGAGCGCAACAUCGCACCAGCCACCUUCGCCAACCUCGUCUCGUCUUCUUUGUACGAACGCCGCUUCGGUCCUUACUUCGUCAGCCCCGUCGUCGCCGGUCUCGAUCCCAAGUCUAGCAAGCCGUUUAUCUGCGGUUUCGAUUCGAUCGGUUGUAUCGACUUCGCCAAGGACUUCAUUGUUAGUGGUACCGCUUCCGAACAGUUGUUCGGUAUGUGCGAGAGUUUGUGGGAACCCGAUCUAGGCCCUGAUGACCUCUUCGAGACGAUCUCUCAGGCUCUAUUGAGUGCCGUCGACCGAGACGCUCUAUCAGGAUGGGGUGCACACGUAUACAUUAUCGAGAAGGACAAGGUCACUAAGAGAUUAUUGAAGGGCCGACAAGACUAAAAUGCUCGUAGUCUGGAUCAAUACUAUUUGGGCUUCACUAGGGCGUACCAUAGACGGCCUCCAAAGUGACUGAUGAUACACGUGAUAAAAUGGCCACGUCAAUUCAAUUCAAAAGGGAGGAUAUGCUCCUGGAACAAGAGUUGAAUGGGAUCAAUAAAUCACAACAGAAAAGAGCAGGCGUACGAUGGCAAUUAGAGCACACCAUUGUACCAAUAUCUAAGUAGUGCCUUAUUCAAGGUAGCUAAUGUCAAGAUGAAUACCUCAA